UUAUUUUGGGUCAUAAGGUGUCUGACGGCUGUGGAAACUUUGCAUAAAUCUUGCGGGUAUCAAAAUGAAACGUGGAGUGUUUUCACAUUUCCAUGACAUUUGCAUGAACAUUUUUGUAUCUGGAAUGGAAUGACUAUUCUCUCACCGGAGUGAUACACACUGCUUACCUAAUUCCGAGGAGGUUUUGGUGCUAGUUGACGAGACUCAAGGCUUGCAGACCCUGGAGUGUGUGUUGAGGUACAAGCUUCAGUUACAUCAACUGAAACAGUUUACCGUUGAGAGUACGUUCUACAAGUUUGUGGUGAACGCUAUCUACAAGUUUCAGACAGAGCGGCUGGGAAAGUUCACACCACAAUGGCUGCUGCAGAAAUGGGGAAUUCAACGAACACGAGCCUGGGUGUGAAUAUAUUUCAGCUUGUAGUAUGUACACCAACAUUUGUUCUUGGUUUGAUAAUCAAUUUGGUCGCAUUGUGGAUUUUGUGUUUUAAAGUAAUGAAAUGCACGGAACCCAUGAUCUACAUGGCCAACCUGAUCAUUUCGGAUGUCUUUCUGCUUUUCUCACUGCCUUUUAAAAUGGAUGGCUUGUGGAAUAAAGACCAAUGGACUUUGGGCGGCCCAUUCUGCAAGUUUGUUGAAUCCCUGUAUUUCGUGAACACUUACGGAUCUAUUUUAUUGAUAACAUUUAUAGCAAUCGAUCGCUACAUAGCAUUAAAGCAACCUUUUAUGGCAAGGACCUGCAGAUCCCCAAGGAAAGCUGCAAUAAUCUGCAUUGCCCUUUGGACCUUUGUGUGGUCAGCCAGCAUCCCAAAUUACUUCGUUAAUAUGGAUACGAAUAACUGUUUUAUUCAUUUUGAUGAGUUUUGGGAACGGGGUGUAAUUCCCAUGACCAUGGAAGCAAUAUUUGUAAUAUGCACAGUUACUAUGACGUUUUGUUCAAUCCAAGCAAUCAGAACACUGAGAAAAAGUAUUUCCGCAGUGGAUGGCAAUGCAAACAGAAUUAUACCAGUGAGGAUUAUCUUUUCAAACUGGAUAAUUUACAUUCUCUGUUUUGCACCUUAUCACAUUGCCAUGCUGCUGUACUUCUUACUAAAACAACAGCUGAUUUCACAAGACUACUUGAUAACUCUACGCAGCAUUCUUCAAAUUUGUCAGUGUUUGAGUAACAUCAACUGCUGCCUCGAUGCGAUCUACUAUUAUUUGGCCAUUAAGGAGUUCAUGAAACCAAAGCUUAAGAGCACAGAGGAAACAUGUUCCACACAUAUCAGCCAACUUCCAAAAUGCCUCUAUGUACUAUCCGCUAAAUUGAACAGAAAAUAA